CCAGGGAAACCUCCUCAGAGCCGGCAGCCAGCCACGCGCCAGCAUGUCUGGGGGCAAAUACGUAGACUCCGAGGGACAUCUCUAUACGGUUCCCAUCCGGGAACAGGGCAACAUCUACAAGCCCAACAACAAGGCCAUGGCAGACGAGGUAAAUGAGAAGCAAGUGUAUGACGCGCACACCAAGGAGAUUGACCUGGUCAACAGGGACCCCAAGCAUCUCAACGACGACGUGGUCAAGAUCGAUUUUGAAGAUGUGAUUGCAGAGCCAGAAGGGACGCACAGUUUUGACGGCAUCUGGAAGGCCAGCUUCACCACCUUCACUGUGACAAAGUAUUGGUUUUACCGCUUGCUGUCCACCAUCUUUGGCAUCCCGAUGGCGCUCAUCUGGGGCAUUUACUUUGCCAUCCUCUCCUUCCUGCACAUCUGGGCCGUUGUACCGUGCAUCAAGAGUUUCCUGAUUGAGAUCCAGUGCAUCAGCCGCGUCUACUCCAUCUAUGUCCACACUUUCUGCGACCCACUCUUUGAAGCUAUCGGCAAGAUAUUCAGCAAUAUCCGUAUCAACAUGCAGAAAGAAAUAUGAGUGACAUUUCAAGGAUGGAAGGGUUUUUUUCCCCCUUAUUAUUUCCUUGGUGCCAAAUUGCAAGUUCCAAAUUGCUAUCACAGCAGCAAUUCAUGAAUGGUUUGUGUCAGUCCAGAACAAAGAAGUCAUUCCCUUCAUCUUCUCAUGUACUACUUCUCUCUUCUGAGCUUCUGCUCCUACUUUUGACAGUCUGGGAUAUUUUAACCCAUUCCUUCCCUCUCUUUUUUGUAUAUGGAUCAUUGUUUCAUUGGCAAAAAUAUAAACCUAUUGUUGAAAGAUAUUUUGAAAAAAAAAAUAGGAAGAAUUAGGAGACAGGGAAAAAGAACCAACAACCUCAACUGCCUACUCUAAAGCCAUAGAUGUCAUAGAAAAGGAAGAAUUCUGGGAUAGAUAUGGUCACGUGUUUAAGAACAGGUAGGCAGAUUUUAAAUUGAUAUUUCCCAGCCAUCUGAGGAGGUAAUUGUCUUUCAACACUCUUAACAAUCUAGUGGAAUCUCAUGACCACCAUCAAGUUGGAGACCAUAAUCUUUAAGCUCAUGAUAGCAAGAAUGUCUUACUCAUUAACCUGUUGCUUUGUGUGCCUGAGUAUUUGUUAUACUGAGAAGACCUAGGUGCCUUUUAAGUUUUCAUAUUUUCUUUUCAAAUAGGGUCUAACUCACCCACUUUCAUUAUGCCAGCUUUCCUAAAAACAAAACAUAGAAAAAAUCUACUUGCUAGUUCUCUGUACUUGUCUCUGACUCUGAGAUACAGAACUUGUUGAAUUUGAUAUUUGUGCUUGGUCAUGUAGCAUCUUUCUCUAUGUUGAGCCUGGUCAACAUUAACCCAGUGAGAUAAGCUGAAGCAGACAGAUGAGGCGGAGCCCUCUCUGGGCUGGCAGGAGUAGAAGCCAGCUUCCCCUGCCUCUCAACAUCUGAAUGAAGGCAUCAUGUCUGUUCAUCUUAACUUAUUUUCAAGAUCCUGAAUCUAAGCCUUCUCUCACUGGGAUGGCUUAGUGGCUCACUCCACACUGUGCUCCCAUUUCAGCUGAUCAGUGGGCCUUCAGGAAGGGCCGUCGGAAAGGAGGCCGCCAAAACGGGACUGCCAAAGCUGUGGCAAGCAGGACCCCUUCUAUGCAUAGCACUUGCAAUAGUCUGUAAUGCUGUGACAGUUGGCCCCUCCCCCUGCCAGGAGACUUUGGCCUAAUCCAAGCACCUUUUUGUUAAGAGGGAGGAUGGGGGAGGGGUGGUGGCAAAAGCUUGAGGUAAUGUUCUUGCUGGAAUAAAUUCAAGUUCUUCUGAACCCAAACUGAGGAAUUUCACCUGUGUACCUGAGUCCUCCAGGAAGCUGCCUGCAUGGGACACCCAAAGCUUUCUACUCCCCACUCACAUUACAGCUCUGCCCUUAGAGGUAAUUUUAAAAUUCCAAAUAAGCUUUUCUUUUCAUUUUCAUACAUUGAUUGGAAUUCUGCUUGACUUUUGUUCUCUCCCUCAGUUUUGCUGACACUUUACCAACCUGCUACCUACUUUGAUUGUUUGCAUUAAAACAGACACUGGCAUGGACACAGUUUGACUUUUAAACUGUGUACAUAACUGAAAAUGUACUAUAGUACAUACUUUUUAAAAUGUAAAGAUAUUCUUUAUCUUUAUAUAAGGAGAAUCACUUGGGAAAUUGUUCUGUGAUUCAGUCUGUAAACUGUGUGUCCCAAGACAUGUCUGUUCUUCCUAAAUGCUCAGUCUCAUGUAAGUCAAGUGCUGAUCCAAAAGGUUACUGAAAUUUUAUAUGCUUACUGAUAUAUGUUACACUUUUUUAUGCUGCAUGUCCUAUAAAGAUUUUAAAUCUGCACAAUAAAAAGAUGCUUAACAGUUAAACAA